UUGUGUUGAUCAACUUGCAUUGCAUCAACUGGUGGGGGAAGGAUGAGAAAGAGUCGGGGUGUCGCUGCGGACAACAGAUACUGCAAACACGGAGGUCAUUCUGUCCUUGCACCGGCGCUGAUCAGGAUGAAUACCAGUUUCAAGCCGCUUAUCCUGCUUGCCGCUUGCAUUGCAUUUGGAACAGGUGUCCAUGGAAUAACAUGCGUACCGGAAUUUAACGCAAGAUGGUUUAAGGGCGGUCGUGCGGAGCAGUGCAGUUACCGAUGUAAAGGGCCCAACUCGUUCGUGAAUAUCCACGGAAUGGAAGACAAUGGCACACCGUGUAUCAUUGAGAGCAACAAAUUUGGAGUGUGCUACCAGGGACAUUGCUUGGAGCUAUAUCUGCAUCCUACACCAGUACCACCGGUCCUCGAAGAAGCAACAACCGGUAUAUCCAGUACAGCGGGAACUGCAACCAGGGCAUCGGUGGUCUCCUCACCGACCACCAGCGUACCCGAAGUUCCACAGCACCCAGAAUUCACAUCUACUGAAAGUGAAAAGGAAACAGCGACGAGGCAGUCUACAAGUAGUUCCACAGCCACGCCGGGUGACCAGUUUUUGACAGCCACGGCACCUGCAGUUUCGCAGCACUCAGAAUUUACACCCGCUACAAGACAAUGGGCAACAGCGAAGAAGCAAUCCACAAGUACCAGAUUGCCGAAAGAGGAAGCCACAUCCGAGAUGCCAUUGACGAGCACGCGAGCACGUGAACUCCAAACCACCACCCAGAAAACAAUCACAGCCGACACAAAAGGAACAGGUGUCCAUGGAAUAACAUGCGAACCGGCAUUCCGCGCAACAUGGUUUUCCAGCGAUCGGGUGCUGAGCUGCCGUUACCGAUGUGCAUGGUCCAUCGUAAACUACGGAAUAGAAGACAAUGGCACACCAUGUAUCAUCAAGCUAAGCAGGUUUGGGGUGUGCUACCAGGGAGAUUGCGUGAAGAAUCUGCCUCCUACACCUGCAAGACCGGCCCCGGAUGAAGGUACCACACUGUUAGAAGAAAAGGUAUAUAAAAGCCACGCCGGGGAACAAUUAAGUAAACGACAACCGGGAUACCAAAAGUUUCACAGCCCCCAGGAUUGUCAUCUACUGAGAGGAAGAAGGUAACAGCGACGAGGCAGUUAAACAAGUUCUUCCAUAAGCCACGCCCGGUAACCAUAUCUCGACAGCCACCACACCUGCAGUUUAGCAUCAGACCUGACUGCAUAUGACUCAAUUACAACUACAGUUAACUAUAAAAAAGUAUUUGAGCUACACUGUAUUGCAUUCAUGUCAACACGUAUGUUUGUUGUGUAACUUUUAUAUGUGUAAUAAAAAUACAAACGACAAGUGGA